CAUAAAGAAUACAGUAAAUGAAACUGAAAGAACGCCUUUGGUAUUGUUUUCACCAAGUUGGGACUCUCCAGUAUAGUACCCCUGGUUCAUUAAUGUGUUGUUGUUGCUAGUCCCUGAAAACUCCUUCCUGGAGCUGGGUGAACGUUUGCAGAUGAAACUUUUUAUCUUCGGACUGUUGGUUACUGUUAUAGACGGAAAUCUUCCAAAUGUGGAGACCGAGGAGACUGUGACAGCACUUUUAGGUGGAAAUGUUACCUUCAACUGCACUUUACAUUUUAAAGAUAUUGUACAAGUCACCUGGCAAAGGUUACGUGGUCAAUCUAAGGAUAAUAUUGCCACAUUUAGUGAAAAAAAUGGAGCUUAUAUACUUGAGUCGUUUAGUGGUAAAGCUGCCUUCAUCCAAUCAAAACUGCAAGUGUCCACUCUUGUAGUGUCUGGAGUAAUGCUUGAAGAUGAAGGAUGUUAUAAAUGUAUUUUCACUACAUUCCUUGCUGGCCAUAAGACUGGGACAACCUGCCUGAUUGUGCUUGAAAAGGAUGUAAAUGUGGAGACACAGAAUAUCACAGCAGUUUUAGGUGGAAAUGUAACCUUCAGCUGUACUUCAUAUUCAAAAGAUAUUCGACAGGUCACUUGGCAGAAGUUAAAUGGCCAAUCGGAGGAUAAUAUUGCUACAUUUAGUGAAACAAAUGGAGGCAAUUUUUCUGUGCCAUUUAGUGGUAGAGCUGUUUUCAAGCCAACAAAGGUACAAGUAUCAACCAUUAUACUGUCUGGGGUAAGGCUUGAAGAUGAAGGAUGUUAUCACUGUAUCUUUAAUACAUCAAGAACUGGCCAAAACAUCGGGAAGACAUGCCUCACUCUACGUGCACACACAUCAAUUAACUCCCGUCACCAUAUUUGGAUUGUUGUUGUACUGGUAACAAUUCUGACAGUUGUACUUGUGUUCAGUUGCCACUGCUACAAAAAGAGAAGAUGCCAGCUAAGAAAUUGCAAGACGUGAUGGAACAGCCCUGCUUCAGAACUUGCCAAAAUUCACAUUCUUGAGAUGCUGCCAGCACUGCUGAUCUUCUCCAGAACUUUUGGAUUUUAUUUCAGGCUCCGCAAUAUUUUGAUUUUACAUUAAAGUUUAUGAAAACCUUUGAUUGCGCACACAC